AAUAAAUUCUUAUAAAAGGAAAAGCUGGUACAUGUAUUGCAUAUUCCUACUGACAUAACAGUAUAACAGAGUCCAAACUGUAUCACAAUUCGAAUAUUUAUUCCUUGUUAAUCUGGAUACUUGGUACCACAUUUUGCAAUACAACUAGAUCUACAACCACUGCUGACUGGAACCAAGAAAUCACCAAAAGAUUCUUGCUUUUUUUGUGUUCACAAGCUCACAUUUAUAAGAAAAGAAAAAUAAUUUCUCAGACAGUUUUUACCAGAAUUCAUCAUCAUUAUAAGGAUUCAAACAGUUUACGAGGUAGCUCAGCGUGUCACUUGUGACUUUGAUAUGUCGUUGACAGUAACGUCGGCAAACGAACAUCCUUUCCCAGUUGUGUCAGGUGUCCCAGUAAAUCCUUGGAGCAACAUGAGUAGUCCUUGGGGAAAAACUGCGUCUUGCGCCCCGGUACCGUGCUCCUUAGAAGAUGUUAUGAGUGAGCAGCUUGCCUCAGAUUUGGAGACACAACAGGUGAAAGAAGAGUGGGAACAAAUACCUGAAUCUGUUGAGGCCACACCUGAGCUCAGUGAUGUAGCAGCUGCCUCAACAGAUUCUGGUUUGUCUGAUGCUGAGUUGGCUGCCAAACUGGCAGCUGAAGAAGCUGGCGGUGAUCCCAAUGACGAGCUGCUGGCCAGAUACUUGCAAAAACAAUUUGAUGAAGAAUAUGAUGCCAUGGUUGCGCAGAAAGAAAAGAAAUACAAUGGCACUAGCAAAGUCUCAAUUUCAUUUGAGAAUUACAAGAUGAAGCACAGACGAGACCAGGAUGGCAACCAGCUGUUGGAUGACGAUGAUGAUGCUUAUGAUGAAGACUUUCCAGAGGUCCCGCAACCCACAUCAUGGGAGACUAACAAACCUGUCAUUGGAACAAAGGGGUAUUCAGGGCAAGGGAAAAAUAUCGUCACCAAACACGACAAGGUUAUUUGUGGACGACGGAAUGCAGAAAGAUUGAUGGAUAUGCCUCCUGGGUUUGAGAUUGGUGACGGAGAAGGAAUGGACAUGCAGCUGCCAAACCGCGUGUACAACAAACUGAAAAAUCACUCAAUGUCAGAGGCGAAGAGGAGCCACAAGGUUCAUGAGAAGAAAGACCACUCCACUGCAAUCAAAGCGGUUGAUGAGAAGACGAGAAUGGUGCUCUUCAAAUUGGUCAACUCUGGGUACCUGGCAUCCAUCAGCGGGGAAGUGAGCCAGGGGAAAGAGGCCGUUGUGCUGAAGUCAAUCGGAGGAAUGAAAGAUGACGAAGAGCUGCCUGGCCACAUAAUCCUCAAAGUGUAUAAGACGACAAUGCUGGACUUCCAUACGAGAGCUAAGUAUGUGUACGGGGACCACGUUCUGUCCAAAGACAAACUGAAGAAGCAGAACCCACGGAAAAUCAUCAAGUUGUGGGCAGAGAAGGAAUUCCUGAACUUAAAAAGGAUGCAGCGGCACUCGCUACCGUGCCCCACUCCGCUGACCCUGAAGAAGAAUGUUCUGGUCAUGUCCUGCGUCGGGGGAGAGGUCCCGGCACCAAAGCUGAAGGAAGUCAGACUCAGCACAGAAGAUUACCAAGAUGCUUAUGAACAAGUUGUUCAGUUGAUGAAGAAGAUGUACCACCAGUGCGGCCUGGUGCACGCCGACCUCAGCGAGUACAAUCUGCUGUGGCACGACGACAAAGUCUGGGUCAUUGACGUCAGCCAGUCGGUGGAGAGGGAAAACGCAAACUCUUACGAGUUCUUACUCAGAGACUGCCAGAAUGUUUGCAAUUUUUUCAAGCAGGUGGGCGUGCAUGGUGUAGGCUCGGCUGAGGAUCUCUUUAUGGAGAUCACCAACAUGUCUCUAGAAGGACAGGGCAAGGUUUUUACCUCACAGGUCCAGCGGUAUGACAAGGACAACUAUUCAUUUGAUUACUUCUUCGACCAAUCAGAAGCAACUAGAGCCCAAUGCCUGGGCUCAGACGACAGCAGCGAAAGUGAAGAUGAGGGCGAGGCGACAGAGGGGGCGGAAAAUGUUGGAGGGAAAGGUGUUGACGAGACUGUUGCGUCUUCUGCUCAGACUCGGAGAGCGAAAAACGAGCAGGACACAUCAAGCUCAGCACAGACCUCUACGACGUCGUCAAGUUCAGCAGACAGAUGGGUUAUAGAUUCCGCCGAUUGUUCAUAAAUGUGUGCAUGUAUGUGUUGUGUGUGUGUGUGCAAGAUUGAUGCUGCUUGAACGAAUGUAUUGCCGUGAUUGAAUAUGUAGAUGAGUUAUAUACUCGACUCUUGAGCAUGCUAAAGUAAGUCAUUAUUGCAAGUAGCCCCUUGGCUUUUCAAAGUCAAGAGUUUGUUUGGUUUGGGGGGGUUUUGCAUGUGAGAGAUACAGAUGUAUAUCUUUGAUUGUUCCUCUGCUCCAACCCAACACACCCCCCCCCCCUCCCCUCCACCGCCACCACCAUCCCUUCAUUUCAAUUGUUUGGAAAACACUUGCAACCGCGCAAACAGACACCCCCAUUUCCCUUGUCAGUGCCAUUGUAGGCUACACACUGAAGUUAAAAUGAUGGGAAUGGGAAAUUGUUCCGGCAUACUCAAUACACAUUUAUUAUGAUUGGAAGUGUGCUUGGGUGGAAAGUCUGAACAUUUUAGAGCGAGUUAUCUGCCAAUAUGAUUUAUAGUUUGUACAUAAUGAUAAUACAUCAUAGUUUUAUAAUAUGACACUCACAAACAGUGCAUUUUGUCAUUCAUUAAUGGAGUUAUGACUUGCGUAAGGACCACAGAGAUAUAAAUGCAAUCUAUACUAUACAGAAAUAUGUUUCCCCAAAAAUGUGUUUUAAUCCGUCAUUAAAUUUGGUAUUUUUCAAGUGUAUAUAUUCAUAAAUAUUACAAAGAUUUUACCUUUUCCUCCUCCAUAGAUAUUAUUCUCAUCAUUUAGAAGGUCAGUACUAGAUAAAUCUGAACUGCCUUUGGCUCUGCAGGAUACAUACCAACAGAAAGGAGUAGAUACUUUACCAAGUGGAUAUUUAACUUAUGUUCUUUGCAUACAAAGCUAACUAAGAACCAUUACUAUGCCUGAGACACUGCUACUUUAGAAACAUACUUUUAAAACUAAUUUGAGUUAUAUUUGGAUUUGGACGCAUCUUUAUUUUUUUUUAUUUUGAAAGCAGUUAUUCAUGCCAUGCAAUUAUUCGUAAGGUGUAAGAAUUUACUUUUCCGAUCUAGCGGCCAUUUGGGUGGUGAAAAAAUUUUAAAAUCCAAAUUUUCUUUACUAAUACUAAUACUAAAAUACAUUCUGGCAUAUAUAUUCAUGUUGUGCGACAUGCACUUUGUGUGGUGAAGAGUUUUCUUUCCUAAUUUGUGUCAAAACAUGUUUUAAAAUAAAAUAUACAUUAAAAAAUA